AUGGAGGCCCUAGAGUCUUUGACUCGCUUAGCGUUCAUUAUACCUGUAACGUGCCUAGUGUAUGCCUUUUGCCGGGCUGUGUAUAAUGUGUUUUUCCACCCUCUCCGCAAAUACCCCGGCCCCUGGUAUCGGGCUGCCAGUCGACUGCCCUACACGAUUUCCAUCUUUCGCGGCGAUGUGACCUUUAGGGUUAAAGAGCUCCAUGACAAGUACGGACAGGUAGUGCGAAUCACGCCAGACACUCUGUCGUACACUGACGGCCAAGCAUGGUCAGACAUAUACAGCCUCAAGAAAACCGGUAACUCUGGUAAUCUCCCCAAAGAUCCCAAGUUUUACGUCGCUCCUCCAGACAGCGUAGAUACUAUUUCCACUGCCAAUGAUGUCGAUCACCGGAGGCUUCGCCGCGCACAGGCCCAUGCCUUCUCAGAGAAGGCGCUCAGUAUGCAAGAGUCCUUCAUCCAACAGCAUACAGAUCGGUACAUCAGGUCCCUUGAGAGAGAGGCGCAGGAGGCGGAUGGAGUUGUUGACAUAGUCAAAUGGGUCAACUUUUUGACGACGGACCUGAUUGGCGAUCUCUCGUUCGGCGAGGCGUUUGGGGGUUUGGAGUCAGGGAGACUUCAUCCCUGGCUGGAGUCGGUCUUCACCACGUUGAAAGUGUUCACCUUUAUACGAGAGUUCCUACGCCUCCCUGCCUGGGCCACCAAGCUCGCUGUGGCCUGCAUUCCAAAACAAAUGCUAGAGCAUCAAAGGUCGGCCGUGGCGUUCGGCGCCGAAGCUGCAAAGAAAAGGAUCGAACGGGGCUCAGACAAGCCUGACUUUAUGCAUUAUAUUCUGAGACAUGAGAAGGACGACGAAAAGGGCAUGUCUCCAGAUGAGAUUUACAUGGCAGCCAUCACAUUCAUCGUCGCCGGAAGUGAGACUACCGCAACGAUGAUCUCGGGAACCGUAUAUCUCCUGCUACAAAAUCCUAAUGUCCUGCGCAAGCUGGCCUCGAUCAUCCGAACCGACUUCCCAGAGAUAAACGAUAUGAACCUAGUCAAUGUCCAGCAGCACGAAUACCUGAACGCAGUAGUCAAGGAAGGUUUGCGACUAUACCCCCCAGCUGCGGACUUCCUAUUCCGCACGUCGGGUAACGAAAGCGUCAUGGUCGCCGGGCAACUUGUGCCGCCCCGCACCAGCUUGACCAUGAACCUGUGGGCAAUGUACAGGGAUCCCACCAACUUCCAUCGACCGCUCGAGUUCAUCCCCGAACGCUGGCUGAAGGACGCGCCGCCCGAGUUUGAGAAUGACGACAAGGCCUGUUUCAAACCUUUUAGCGUGGGACCUAGGGAUUGCAUUGGGAAGAACCUCGCAAAUGCGGAGAUGCGUCUCAUUCUGGCCAAGACGGUCUGGUCACUUGACUUGCUAUCUGUGGAAUCAAACAGCCAGGGCUGGAUCGAGAGGCAAAAGAUAUUCAGCCUCUGGGAAAAGCCACCUCUGAAUGUCAAACUGGCCGCCCGUGUCCGAUGA